AUGAUAUCUUCGGCAGGCCAAACGCUAGCCGAUCGCUACAAUAUGACGAAACGCUUGGGCGAUGGUACUUUUGGAGAGGUACUUCUUGCCAAAAAACUCGAUACGGGUGAUAAAGUUGCAAUCAAAAGGAUGAAGAAAAAAUUUUAUUCAUGGGAUGAAGCGAUGGCAUUACGUGAAGUAAAAUCAUUAAAGAAACUGAAUCAUCCGAACAUAAUCAAACUGAGGGAAGUGAUACGAGAGAACGAUAAUUUGUAUUUUGUUUUUGAGUAUAUGCAAGAAAAUCUCUAUGAACUAAUGAAAGAUAGGGAUCGCUAUUUCCCUGAACACGUCGUACGCAAUAUCAUUUAUCAAGUUUUACAAGGCUUAGCUUAUAUGCAUAAAAAUGGUUUUUUUCAUCGUGAUAUGAAACCGGAAAACAUUAUGUGUAAUGGCACUGAAUUGGUAAAGAUUGCCGAUUUCGGACUAGCAAGGGAAAUCCGUUCACGACCACCAUUUACAGACUAUGUGUCUACGCGCUGGUAUCGCGCACCAGAAAUUCUUUUGAGAUCGACAGCGUACAAUUCCCCGAUUGAUAUUUGGGCAUUGGGCUGUAUUAUGGCUGAAUUGUACAUGCUUCGACCGCUAUUUCCUGGCACGUCUGAACUAGACCAAAUCUUCAAAAUUGUUACGAUACUUGGCACACCGAACAAGGAUGAAUGGCCUGAGGGAUAUCAGCUGGCGGCAUCAAUGAAUUUUAAAUUUCAACAAAGUGUUCCAACACCACUCGCUAGUAUUGUUAGCACGAUUGGUCAAGAUGGUCUUAAAUUAAUGAGUGAUAUGAUGUUAUGGAAUCCUGAAAAACGACCAUCUGCUGCCAGUUCACUGAAGUAUAAGUAUUUCCAAGUUGGUCAGAAACUUGGUGCGCAAGUGCUCAGUCAACCGUCAACAUCGGUUCGAAAGAGUAGCGCCGGUUCGACGUUAUCCGAUUCGAAAUUAAUUUUGGGUAAAUCCCAGCUGAAGACCAACACUGCAGAUGCGCUUAUCAAUAACGAGAAUGCACCCGAACGAACGAUCAAUCGCAAUUUACCAAUCACAAAACUUCUCGAAGAGACGUCGAAGAAGAAUCCAAUGAUGGAGAAAAGCAAUCGAAACAUUGGUGGAAAUGUUGUGAUAAGGACGAAACCGGCUGCUAAAGAGCUUUAUUUGGCAAAGUCACGUUAUGUUCCUGGUGAGUUUGCUGCAAGAAUUGUCAAUUCAACAACCGACAAAUCAACUACCAAUAACAUUAUAAGUGGCAAUAAUCAUAAUUCGAAUAGUAAUAUGGCGUCUGCAAAACAUUCGACAACCAACAACGUACAACGGUCAGCUGUACAAGCUAGAUUUGAAUAUGCAUACGGUUACGUGCCAUCAUUUGGUGCGAAACAUUUACCGAAUAACGCUCAAACAAAAGCCUCAACAGGACGAAUUGACUGGACAGCCAAGUGA